UUUCCAUCCGUACUCGCAGCGAUGCUGUUAUUGAUCUUGUUUGCGACGGUGGGUGCGGGCUUGCCUCUUCAAAAUAACAGCAGCGAUACUGGCACAGCGAACGCAGGGAAGAAAGUGGGCUGGGUCGAAGCGCCACAGGCGAGAGGGACUUUUGAUUUAUUGCUUUCUUGUUUGACGACGCUUUCAUUAUGUGCUUGGACCGCCUAUCAUCCGAACGUGUUCGUCACUAGAAACGAAUGGAGAAAAUUUGGGAAAAGAGCUAUGUGGAUGGCCAUCGCGGUGCUGGCACCUGAGAUAGUACUGUGGUGUGCAUGGGAACAGUGGUGGGCCAGCGAGACUUUGCAAAAAGCGGUUGAGAAGUUGGGCGAAAAAGCAUUCGAUGGCACAGGUGGUAAUAUCGACAAUUUAGACGACAAGAGAGAGUUGAGCUGCAUUGGAUGCUAUGAAGGAGAAGUGCAAGGGAGAUAUUCGGGAGAUUACGGAUUACGUCGAAUGUUUGAGCCCGAAGACUGUCCACCUGAACCGGAAUCAGAGGUUGUUGCUCCAACAGAAGACGAACUUGAGCCUGUUUCAAAGUCCUUCAGUCUGUUACGCCCUUCGACAUGGAAAAAGACGAACACGGUCGAUGCCGAGGAAGCGCAAAUGCCAGCGACGUGGACCAGAGAGCAAGCUUUCUUCGCUGUCUCCGGUGGCUAUGCCGUAGAUUCAUCGGAGUUCUAUCCUCUGCCAUCGCUCACUUUGACACCAUCCGCCCUUCACUUCCUGGCCCGACAUGGAAUUCUGCCCAAAAUAUGUCCUACGACCAUAUCGGACAAAUCCAAAUCAAACCAUGUAGCCAAAGUGCUAGUGUGCCUACAGGCCGGCUGGUUUCUUUUGCAAGCUAUUGCCCGGGUAGCGCAGAAGUUACCACUGACAUUGCUGGAAUUGCAUGUAUUGGCCCACGUUGGUUGUGCGUUUGCAAUGUAUUUGCUAUGGAUGGACAAGCCAUAUGAUGUAGGCGCACCGGUGCUUGUAGAAGGGGACAAUGUGAGAGAUUUGGUAGCGCUCUGGGCUCUCGAUGAUGAUUCAGCAGCAUUCAAGAACAUCAGUGAAGAUGGAGCAAAGAGAUACUGUGCAACCUACGGAAAUAUAGACAUGGACCAAGUUCAAACAGCACAUCAAAACGCCCGGUCCGCUUCAACCAGACAUCACUACGCCCAACUAGUAAGGAACUUCGUAGACCCGUUUCUACCAAAGCAAAACAAGUCAGCCCUAUCCCAGCCGAGUAUUGCGACCUCUCAUGAAGCCCCACCCACACAGGAGCAAGAUCUGCAUUUACGCCGCGCAAGGAACGCUCUAGACUACCUUUCUUCUCACUCGAUCCACUUCUCCUACCUCACCAGAACCCCAACGACAGACUGCCUCAAACGCAAACCAUCCAUCCGGUUCCCCCUCCGCUAUGUCACCCCCACCCGCGGAAACCUCAUCAUCGACGGCCUCCCAUCUGUCACAAAAUCGACGUCUCGAGAAGAAUUCCUGUACACAGCUCUGAAAGCCUACACGGUGAUGAGCGUUCUCUACGGAUCACUGCAUUUCUGCGGCUGGAACCACGGGUUCAACAGUCUAGCAGAGCGGUGGCUGUGGCGCGGAAGUGCAUUCGUGAUGGCUGGCGCGCCUACAGCAUCGCUCAUCACAGCUUGGCUGUCGAACUUUGUAAUCUACCUCUAUCGAUAUCGGAAGCGCAUCUGGGGUGAAGAUGUGUGGGACGGAGACGAAGAUUCUGAUGCUGAUGAUGAUGAAGCCGCCGACGAACUAUCUACGAAAAAGUCAAAGUCUCAACCCUUGAGCUGGUGUGCAAACGCACUGCAUAAAGCUCCCUUCAGUACUACUGCCCCUACACUCCCUUCCUCUUCGUACCUGCGUCGCUUGAAGGCCACUACGCCUGGGGUAGUCGCUGGUACCGUCUCGUUCAUACACUGGACUUUCUACCAUGUUAUCAGAUUGCUCACGAACGUUGUCCUCUACGCCAUGUUUUCGGUCGCACUAAUGGGGUGGGUGUUGUAUCUCGCCGCCAGACUAUACGUAUUAGUGGAGUCGUUUGCGAGUCUACGCGCCAGCGAUGCUAGGGUCUAUCGGAUGGUCGAAUGGUCGAAUUAUCUGCCGCAUGCCGGCUAA